UUUCAUGCGCCUUGGCUCAUUCAAGAUGCACUGACUUUACUGCCUUACCAUCGGAUCAGGUUUCACAACACAAGAUUCUGAUUCGAAAAUUAGAGGCUCAGAGAUUUCUACAGAGGGGUCAAACUUACGUCGAGAUGUCGAGUUGUCGCUCUUCAAAGCUCGUAAAAUUUAAAUCCCCAUCGCAUUUAAAUGCACCAACUAAACUUUCCAAAGGAUUUUUUUUUUUUGCUUUAUUUUGGCUUUUUAAACUCGGAAAUCGCGCCGAACCGAAAACGGGUGGGUUUAAAAAAGAGGUGUGUUUUCAAAUCCAGAAAAUCAUGCUUAAAGUUUUUCCCCUCCUCAAGAUAAACUGAACCGAUUACACGGUUACCUUCGGACAGCUAGAGUUUGAAACCAUGCACCAGCUAAACCCCAGCCUCCUGGUUAUUUAUGACCAUUUUGAACUAGUUGGCACUCCUUGAGCAGCAGUGAGUCGUGGACCAGUAUAUUCAUGAAGCAAAAAGACAGAUAUCUACCAUACAAAAAACUUCAAAAUCAUUCCUAAAAAUUUCAGACUAGGACAUCCCAUAAUGUCUCUGUAUGUCCAUGUGUUGGCCUGUGCCUUUGGCCUGGGUUCGUGGGUGGCCGUUAAUGGAAUGUGGGUGGAGCUGCCACUAAUUGUCAAUGUUCUACCAGAAAGAUGGGAAUUACCAUCGUACCUUACAGUCAUCAUCCAGCUGGCCAAUAUUGGCCCUAUCCUAGUUACCCUUGUGCAUAAGCUGUAUCCAGGUCGGGUACGUGAGAAUCUGGUGAUCUAUGCAAUGCUGACUGUUGGUAUAUUAGCAUGCAUUCUCCUCACAGUGUUCUGGAAGAAGACAACCGUGAUUUUGGGCCAACCUAGAAGCACAGCUUUCUUUAUAAUCACAUUUUUUCUGUCUUUGGUGGAUUGCACAUCCUCUGUCACUUUCUUGCCUUUCAUGAUGCAGCUCCCGGCCAGAUACAUCACCACCUACUUCAUUGGUGAAGGAUUAAGUGGGUUUUUGCCUGGGUUGGUAGCUCUGGCACAAGGAGUUGGCAUGGCCAAAUGUGUUAAUGUCUCCCAAACAUCAGGGAACCUUUCAAACCCGGACCAUAAUAACUUCACAUUGGAAGUUCAGUACAUUCCUCCUAACUUCUCCACAGAGAUCUUCUUCUCUUUUCUAGUGGUCAUGAUGUUGAUAAGUAUUGGUGCUUUUGGCUUGCUAAACCAUAUCGCUAAGACUUUUACACUUUCUACUGAAGAUCUGGUGUCUGAGGCAGGGGCUGUUGUAACAGUCAAUGGAGGUCUGGAAGACCAGGCAGAAAGCAAUACAGGGAAAAACAGCCAAAUUGCUGCCACUGAAGAUCAGCCCAAGCAUCUGAUAAUAAAAAGGUAUUAUUCCUGUUAUGAGCUAGCCUUCAUCUACUGCAUGGUGGUGUGGGUAAAUUGUGCCACCAAUGGACUACUGCCAUCGGUACAGACGUUCUCCUGCAUGCCCUAUGGGAAUAUGGUCUAUCACCUUUCAGCUUCUCUGUCAUCACUUGCUAACCCACUGGCCUGCUUUAUCUCCAUGUUCGCUCCCAAACGCUCACUGUUAUUGCUGGGUAUUCUGUGCAUGCUGGGUACUGGUUGUGGUGGAUACAACAUGGCUAUGGCAAUUAUGAGUCCUUGUCCGUUGCUGCAAGACUCAGCACUAGGAAAAUCUCUAAUUGUCUUGUCAUGGAUUCUUUUCACUGGUCUGCUGAGCUACGUAAAGGUGAUGGUGGGAGUCAUUCUAAGGGACCAGAGCCACAUCGCCCUGGUGUGGUGUGGAGCUGCAGUACAGGCAGGAUCUCUAAUGGGAUCUUUCAUUAUGUUUCCCCUGGUCAGCGUUUAUCAUCUGUUUAAGUCAGGGGAUAUCUGCAACAAUAAGUGCAUAUAAUUCUGAUGCUUUCCUGUGAGUUUGCAUACAAAUGUAAUGUACAGACAAAUGUACACACAAAAACACACAUAUUCACACCUAGGGGCAAUUUAUUCCACCAACCUGUACACUUUUGUGAAGCAUUCUGAGAGUGGAGCAACCCUUUUUAAUUAUUUAAUAGAAGCCAAAUGUGUGAAAGCACGUAUUUUACAGUUAAAACAAGUUUAAUAUUUGACACAGUUUCUAAACGUAUAAAACAACAAAACACAUUUAGCGUUGCCAAACUAUUCCACUGAUGGGAAUGGAAAUCAUUUGUACUGUUGUAUUUACAAUAAUGCACUACGUUAACCGGACAUUGUUGUUACAUUUACCAUUUUUAAAAUGUAAAUUUAAGGCCCCUGACUGAGGCUUUGAAUUUGAAUGAGAUCGAAGUCUCAACAAAACUAUAACUUUUAAAGGAACAGUAAAAUAUACAUGGUUGCCAAAGCAAUUUUAAGAUAAUAAACAUUAUAGUGCACAAUAUAUAUCAGUGAGUUUAGAAUGUGUGUGUGACUUAGUGAAAAAACACUGCUCAAAGAUGACUGAAAUAUGUGUUCAGGCAUCAGAAUUUCCAUGUGAAUAAGCCAUGUAAGUGUCUGAUGAAUUUCCAGACUGUAAAUAGGUGUUGUGUGUGCUAAAAAAAAAACCUUCUUCAGAGUUGCUGCAAUGAUCAUCAUCAUCAUCAUGGCCUUGAUGUAGUCCUGGCCUGAAACAGAAAUUUCCCAUAGGAUUCAAGAAUUACUUGAAACCUUUUGCAAUAAUUAAGUAAUUAAGGCUGGAAUUUGACAUUUUUAGCUUGGUUCCAUACUAAUCAUGGAUAUGAAUGUCACGUUAUUAGAAAAUAUAAACCUGAUGUGUUUUUAGAGAUGUGUUUAGAGCAGGAGUCUAGAGCUCGUUCUAGAAUUUUGAAAAAUGAAAAAAUCAAUUGAAAAAAUAAUCUUUUAUGAUUUUACAAAGUGAUGGGAAUAUUUUGGAAGAAUAUAGCAGCAAUCAACAUUAACAUUGUAUGUCACUAAAGCACUUCCACCAGAGACUUGCUGUACCCACAGCAUAUCUGAAUUUACAUUUACAGCAUUUGGCAGACUCCCUUAUCCAGAGCGAUGUACAAAAUUGCUUUUGAGUCUCUAUCAUUGAAUACAUGAACACUGGUUCACUAGGUUACAGAUUUAAGAUACCAUGAGGCUUAAACAAUGUUUUUUUUUUUUUAAUAUAUUUUUUAAAUACACACCUACAACAAACAGAGAAAAGAAAGUGCUAGUUCAAGUAUUUCAGGAAGAGAUAGGUCUUCACCCAUAGUUUGAAGAUAGCCAGUGACUCAGCUGUUCGGACAUCUAGGGGAAGUUUAUUCCACCACCUCGGUGCCAGAACAGAAAAGAGUCUUGCUGUAUACUUACCUCUUAUCCUGAGAGAUGGUGGAGCAGUGAGCAGUGCUGGUAGCGCUGAGGGAGCGAGGUGCAGUGUGAGGAGUUAUAAGAGCUUUGAGGUGAGUGAGCUGGUCCAUUUUUGGCUUUGUAGGCAAGCAUCAGUGUUUUGAAUGUGAUGCAUGCAGCUAAAGGAAGCCAGUAGAGGGAGCACAGCAUUGGGGUGGUGUGUGAGAACUUAGGUUGAAAACAAGUCAUGCAGCUGCAUUUUGAAUCACUUGCAGAGGACAAAUUGUGUUCAUAGGUAGAAGAACAAGUACCUGAGCAGCCUGAAUUGAGCCUUACCCAGAUCCACAUCAAGUCAGCAGAGUAACUAUGUCUCCUGUUUUGACAUUUCUUUGUACUGUAUUUGAAUAUAAGCUUGUAAUGAUGCAUGCAAAUCCCUUAAGGGUGGUUAGUUUUGACUCUCUUUGGAAACCCUUCAAAGGUUUCAAGUAGAUCCCCACGCUGACAUGAAGAACUCGUAACUAUCUAAUAUUCAAAGCACCCUCGAAAAUCCCUUUUCACUUAUAAUAGAGACCUGUGGCUGAACAGGGCCCCACAUAAAUUGUGUUUUAUUAUUAUUAUUAUUUUUAUUAUUAACAACAACGACAUUAAUAAUAAUGAUAAUAAUAAUAAAGAUCAAAAUGCAUAACUGUUUAGAACUUUUUAAACUAAUUUUAAAUUUUAAGAUCAUCGUGUUUGAAACAAUAUAAUAAAUCCACCACUAGGUGGCAACAAAGAAUCAC